CUAUACUUGCAUCAUCUAGAGAUUCAUAGUUCAUGCCUUAUACGUUGCUACGAAAUUGUUGAGAAAACACAAAGAAUGUACGAAUUAUAUAUAAUCAUGUUCAUCUAUCUUUCGCCGUAAUGCGUCAACUAAAUUAAUUUUUUUGUGUAACGUGUACGAUUCAUCUGCACACAAUUUCUAUAACUUAACCUCUCUAAAAUACAUUGUGAAGAUUUUGUACAGAAUCGUGAAAAGAAUGGCGGUUGGAUCAACAAAAGUGGUACAAGUAACAAAUAUUGCACCUCAAGCAACGAAAGAUCAAAUGCAAACUUUGUUCGGGUACCUUGGAAAAAUAGAAGAUAUCAGAUUGUAUCCUACUAUACGGGAUGUCGCAGUACCUGUUCAAUCUCGUAUUUGUUACAUAAAAUUUCAUGAUCAGGGAUGUGUUGCUGUUGCUCAACAUAUGACAAAUACUGUUUUUAUCGAUCGCGCAUUAAUUGUAAUCCCUUAUCAAAAUGGUGACAUUCCAGAUGAACAGAGAGCUCUUGAAUUAACAAAUAAUGGUACAGUUGUUCCAGGUCUUUAUCCUUCUGAGCCAAAACUACCACCAAAUGUUGUAAAUACAAUUGAAGGAAUUCCUCCAAAUCAUGUUAUUACUACUAUAGAUCCAAAAUUAGAGGCAAAUGGAUUGCCACCUUAUCCACAUUUACCUGGCCAUUUAGAUAGCAGAAGAAUUGAAGAAAUAAGAAGAACGCUUGUUCUUGCUAAUUUAGAUCCAUCUGUCACAACUGAUCAUUUAUUAGAUUUCUUCAGUAAUAAUAAUGUUGAAGUAAAAUAUUUACGCAUGUGCACCAGAGAUUCAGAUACAGAACAUUAUGCAUUAGUAGAACUUUCUGAACAAGCAGCUGUAGUUUCUGCAUUAUUAUUGAAUGGAAAGUUGCUUUUGGAUAGAGCAAUUAAAAUUUAUCAUUCAACACAAGCAAUAGCGAAACCUGAAGCAAAAAGUAAUGAAGCAGCACAAAAAGAGAUAGAAGAAGCUAUGUCUCGAGUAAAGGAGGCUCACAAUUUAAUUUCAGCUGCAAUAGAUCCAAUGAUUGGGAUGUUAUCAAAGGAUAAACGAAGUCGUAGUGGUUCUCGUAGUCGAAAAUCUCGGUCUAGAUCGAGAGGACGUAGUAGACGAUCUAGAUCACGUAAAAGGUCACGUUCCCGUCACAGACGUUCACGUUCACGUCAUCGACGAAGAUCAAGAUCUCGAUCAAAACGUUCUCGCUCUAAAGAUCGCAGACGAAAGUCUCCAUCUCGUAGGAGAAGUAGUUCUCGUGGUCGACAUCGUUCUCGUUCUCGAUCUCGACGUUCUCGAUCUCGCAGGUCCAGAUCUAAAUCCAAAGAUCGCAAGAAACGAUCUCCUCGUCGAAGAAGUCGUUCACGAUCUCGAAGUAAACGUUCGAAAUCAAAAUCUAGACGAUCUAGAUCUAAAUCCAAAUCUAGAUCUUCAAAAUCAAAAUAUUCUGAAAAAUCAAGAGAUAAAGAUAAAGAAAGGAGAAGUAAAGAUAAAUCAGAUAAUUGUAAAAAAAAUGAUGACAAGGCUGAUAAAGAAAAAAGUGAGAAGAAGUCUAAUAAAGAAAAGAAAUCUGAAAAAGAAUCGAAAUCUGAAGAAAAAAAUAGAAAUACUUCCGAAAAUAGCGAUACAAAGGAGAAAACAGAGUCUGAAACUUAAAUCUUUAUAACUUAUGAUCUUAUGAUCUAUAAAAAUUUAUUUACAUCUUUCAGACAUUUUGUUAUUUUGAUGUUACGAUAUAUCGUAAUGUAUUGAUCAAUAAAGAAAUAUAAGAAUGACAAAUUUUU